AUGUCUGUAACCAUCCAUUUAGACAGGCCACAUGCUCAUUUCACCAAUCUCGACUUCCUGACGGGUAGAGUUGUGCUACAUCUCCCCUCAGAAGCUCCGAUAGGAGGCAUUCAAGUGAAACUUGAGGGAGAAAGCAGAACUCGACUUUCAGGUCCACGGCAUCCACAUAAUGAACAGUCGGAUAAGAAACGUACGGAGCUUGAAGUCCAUAAGAUCUUGUACAAAGUUGAGACACUCUUCCCAACUCCAGCUGUUUUCAACCAGAGAACUCAGAAUACAUCCUACACAUUUGCUGCUGGGACGUACGAGUAUCCCUUCCAAUUCAAAUUCCCUUUCAACAAUUCAUGCAGUUCACACAACAGUAUGCUCACCAACUUGAACUUUACCGGGUUGAAGGUUGAGGUGGCCAAGGAUACAAAUCGACACGUUAAGAAGACCUUGCCUCCUUCUUUGAGUGGUUUUCCAGGCAUGGCAGAGAUCAAAUACUAUGUGAAAGCAACAGUCAUUCGUCCACAGUUCUACAAGGAGAAUCUGAGAGCCAUCACACCCUUGAAUUUCCUACCAAUCGAGCCUCCACGAACUGGAAGGCCUAACGAAGAGACGUACGCUAGACGUCAACAUCAGUUCAGCAAAGCUCCUGAAAAAAUCAGAACCAAGAGUCUAUUCUCCAAAGCCUCCUCCUCGUCGCUCCGGGAUGUGGGAGGAGAGCCUCUUCGUGUGUCUGCAGAUGCAAGACUACCAAACCCGUCCAUUCUUACUUGUAAUGAGCCAAUACCCCUGAGGUUGCUGGUGAGGAAGGUCUCCGAGUCGUUCGAAACGAUCUUCCUUCAGAUGCUGCAAAUUGAGCUGAUUAGUUAUACCCACGUCCUGGCCCAUGAUCUUCGGCGCACAGAAGGCGGCAGCUGGGUUCUUCUCAGCCGUAGUAACAUGUCUAUUCCUCUCGGCAGAGGAGGGGACCCCGCUGGUACAGAGUGGACACUUGAUCCCUCCAUGUGGAAUCGCAUUCCGUUACCCAGCUCAGUUGCGCCAUCUUUUGAGACUUGUAAUAUAUCACGAACUUAUGAACUCGAGGUACGAAUAGGCCUGAGCCACGGAAGUAUUGGAGAUAUGAAGCCCCAACUCAUCGUACUUCCCUUGAGAAUGCCAGUCAAAGUGUACUCUGGAAUAGCUCCUCCAAAAGCACUGCUAGAUGCUAUGGCUACUACUGGUCAAGCAACCUGGUCGAAACCUCCUCCGAUGACCGGCCAUCCUGUGGAUGAUACAGACGAGCGUCCACCAGUUCCUCCCCGGCCAACGGGUCCGGCCAUGCCUACCAGUGUAGAGGAUGUCUAUGACGAAGCACCCCCAAGCUAUGAGGACGCGAUGGCUGAAACUCUAAGUCCUGUGGAUGGCCCCCGGCGCGAGUAUAACCCACCAGAUGCUUCCUCUUCCAGCAGAACCAUUGAACAUGGAGCUGAUUCGACAUCGUCAGUAUUCCGGAAAAAGGAACGUGACGCCACAUUGCUGUACGGCCAUCCCACAGCCAACUCCUCGUCGGAAUCGUUUGACAUGCUUCCUUCUACCCCUCCGGAGUCUCAUUCCGGCUCACCUCCCACAUCUCCAGUUGCACGCCAGCAGAGUGUGCUCAAGACACACAAGGCACUCCCUCCAGACGAGGAAAGUCCACCUCAAUAUCAGCCGGUUGCUGAAAGCCCUACUGCACCGCAAAACCGCAAUGACAGGGGACGACCUCAACCGGGAUUUCGUCCGAUCAAUCUUGGAGUACCCAACAGAAAGCCUGUACCUAGGAGUCCAAGUACGGGGCGCUCAUAA